UCCGUGACCCGGAAGUGCAUAGUUAUUCUUGCUUGCUUCACAACGGUCGCUGUUAUUGACAGUUAUUUAAAGAAUACGAUGGUAUUUGACUGGUAAAUAAUGUAAUCAAGAGGAGGUUAUCCAAUCACGGAUUGUCAAUAACACAUGGCAAGCAACUUGAAAUUUUGUUUUUGACGCGCACCAUGGCAGCUCGCUCAAGCCACAAUGAAGAGCGGAAUCUCCUUCGCAUCCGAGAGUGGGAGAGGCGGAACCAGGAAGCCCUCCAGGAGAAGGAGUUCUACCAGGAGAACGUUCCCCUUUUUGGGGAACCCUACAAGACAAACAAAGGAGAUGAGCUUUCCAGCCGUAUACAGAGGAUGCUGGGUAGUUAUGAAGAUGUGAAAAUCUCCAACUCUCAUCUGUGUUUGGACAGUAGCUUCUCUAAUGACCCCCCAUCUCACGUCACCACAACAUAUAGGCGGCCAUCUCACAGCCGAGACAGAGUGAAGCCUGCAUUCCAGCACACUCCUCUGUACGGGGCAGGCCAGAAUGGUAGUGGUGGUCCCUCCAUUAGCAGGCAAACUUCUCAGCCUCUGAAGAGGCUCCCUGUUCCCUCCUCCCACACCCAGUCCUCACUGGGUCUCAGUCAAGGCCAGGCCAGCCCUGAUCCCCUCCAGGGGAAAGCUGAACCCUGGCCAGACCUGAGGGAGUGUGCCAGUCUUACUCCGGUCCUCUCCACCCUGUCCCCCCCAGCUGAGCCCCUAUCCCCCCUACAUUCCAGUGACCCCAGUGACUCUGAGCCCCAGGACACCCCUGACAGGCACCAAGGAUCCCCCCUGCACACCGAGAGGCACCCGGCCUCCCUCCUGCACCCCGACUCCCCUGUCCCAAUGGAGGGGUCCCCUCUGGAUGACCCCCAGAGAGAUAUUCCACUUCUGGCCAUCGAGGGAGCAACAACCCUGCCCUCUCAGACAUUCCCUCUACCACUGGCCUCUAAACCAAAUCUGGUCAUGCCCCAGAAGCCCACAGCCUACGUCCGGCCCAUGGACGGCCAGGACCAGGUGACCAGCGAGUCUCCGGACCUCAAGCCCUCUCCUGAAGGCUUCCAUGGACAGUCUUAUCAUGAACCCUUACCAGACUUGAAAAGCACCAAGCCCAGCCUUUCCAAACUGAAGAUUCCAUCACAGUCUAUAGAGACUCUGUCAAAUAAAGCUCACUGUGUGGAGGACAUUCUGAGGGAAAUGACCCACUCUUGGCCUCCUCUCCUGACUGCCAUCCACACACCCAGCACAGCUGAGCCCUCCAAGUUCUCCUUCCCAGUCAAGGAAGCACAGCACGUCCCACCUGCAUUUCCAGGACAAAAACACUAUGGAUCACCUCCGCUAGCCUCUUCCUCCAGACUCAUCUGUCAACAGAGCUCAUCGUCCUUCAGUACGGUUGUAGCAACACAUUCCAGUGGGGUGGAGUCAGCCAGCUCCAGUGACUCUGAGAGCAGCUCAGGGUCAGACUCAGACAGUGAGAGCAGUGAGAGUGGGACAGAGGAGGCCCCACAACCCAUCAGGAGCAGCAGCCCACCAGUACCCAAGGCUGAAGGCCCCGUGGUGACUAACUGGCAGCUGAAUAACUGGAUCAGAGUGAGCCAGCAGAACCCCAUCACAGAGAGCCAGAGUGACACUGUCCAAAGCCCUUUACCGAAACAGCAGCAGAGCCAUGACUCAGAGGAGGAGGCCAUUCCUCCCAGGGACUACAAAUCCCACACACCACCACAAUACCCAGAGUUCAGCGAUAGUGAAGCCAAGCCUCCAGGAAGUGAGGACGUUGCCUGCAAACAGCAUGUCCGCCACAAGUCCCCGGCCGUCUCACCUGUUGGGGACAGCAGCAGCCAGAGAAAAACUGUGGGGAACAAACAUCCCUCCAGACCAGUUAAGGCUCCCCGUUCUGAGGACUCCCAGGCUGGGCUGCGGGUGGAGAGUGUGGAGGUGGCCCCCCGCGACAAAGACCCCUCGUUCACAGACAGGCCAAAGGUCAAAACGAAAACCGGGCACAGCAGCAAGAGUGGCAGCGCCAUAACGGACAGUAAGAAGCCUGCCAAGCGCAACUCUUUGGAGAAGAGGAAGACUAAACAACCAGAGUCUGGAAGCAGUGGUCCCAAGAUGACUCUGAUGCUGGACUGUAAGAGGGAGAGGUCUCGCAGUCCCAGCCCUGCCCGGGUGGUGGAAACCUCCGUCAGUGUCAGGAAAGAGACCCUCCCGGCCCCUCAGAAGGGCCAGAAAACGCCCAGGAGCUACUCUGCAGCUGCAGCACACCAGGCCAAACGGGAGUCCUCAGCCAAAGCUUCCAGGGGCCCCCAGGGACCUCCACAUGCCCUGCUGGUGAAGAUUGAGCUCAAUCUGCUGUCCAGGGUCCCUCCCCAGGGCUCCAGGCCUUCUCAUGGAGGCCAGGAACCAACCAGCAGGAAGAGACCCAACACAGCCCCAGAGAGGGGAGACAGGGACCCUGCUUCCCCCAUCACUACCAAAGUCUGCAAAAAGAGACCGGCUGAGAAGGAUGCGAAAUCCCUGCCAAGGAAGAAGCCAAAAUUGGAGAAAGAUCCCAAACACUCCUCUUCAUGUCCUGGUUCCUGCAAGUCUGUAACGCCCAAGAACCCUGGAGAGGAGGAGGUGGAGAGGAAGCGGUCGAAGAAGGGGGCUUCUGUCCCUCUGCAAGACCCUGGGAAAGAGCCGGGGAGGCGCAAGCGGCAUGCAGGGGAGACCCCAGAGCCCAACGCUGCCUCAGCAGCCAAAAGCAAGGACAGGGAGGCCUCCACCCCCGUCAAACACAAGAAGGGCACUGGGAAACGACACACAGAGCAUUCCAAGACUGGCAAGGCCCCCAAGAGCAGCUUUGCCUUCUCUGUGCCUGCCCAGCUCACCGGGGGUUCCCUGUCCUCCAGACCCCUGCUCAAGGUCGAGGACAGGUAAGAUUCCUUUUACAUAA